ACUCAAGACGAGACAGAGCAGCGAGAGCAAGACAGGGACAUGAGGACCGUCCAGAGCCAAAGUCAGCAUGCGCAGCGCGGAGCCUCCAGCAGCCUGCACAGCCUCAGCAGCGGCGGCGUGAGUCCCCUCAGCACCGCCAGCGUCACCCUCACAGCCCUGCUCAUCAUCCUCACCAUCCCAGUCUGCCAAAGUGCUCCAGCAGAACUUCAGCAAGCCACAACAGAUCAGAGACAGCUCCUCAGCCAGAUAGAUGCUGUGUGCUCAUCCUACCUCUCUGCAGACCUGAAGUUUUGGGCAUCUGAUGUCUUAGGAGAACUCUGUGUCUUGAUGCUGGUUCAGAAGUCAAAGGAACUGAAAGUGCGAGAAAAUAGUAAAAGGUUUUUAUUUCAUUACUCAAGACAGCAAAGUUCUGCUUUGUCAGACAGAGUGACCCCUCCGUUGCACCCUCUCCUGCGUCUAGUUUCCCAACUCCAUACCAGAAGAGAGAGAGGACUCUCAAUGCGCGCUGAACUCCAGGGACCUGGGGGAAUCCAGAGCAGAGGUUACUUCCUCUAUCGGCCACGAAAUGGAAGAAGAUCCUUAGAAUAUGAGUAAAUUAAAGAGUCGCCACCUCUGGAGCUGAGUGUACAGAGACAACACAGACCCUGAGACCCCGAGCCGCUGCACCACGACUGAGUGAUCCAGACUUUAACCACAGCCCUCUGC